CGAAAAAACAAGGACAAUAUGCGUAAGACGUGGGUGAAGCGGGAGAAUAUAUACUUCAAGCCCUUCUACAAGCAGAAGUCGAAGAUGUUCCUGCUGCUGAUCUUCUUGGUCGGAAUUUCCUUCAUCGCGUAUCAGGCCUUCUCGCUGAACCAGCUGCCCGGAGUGCCUGCACCGUGGAAUCUGCAGCAGAUCAAGCGCAAGCACCAGCAGAUGAUGCAGUCGCUGGGCAGCAAACAGCGCGACGUGGACGACUUCGAUGGCGGAGGCGCCGAUGCAGUUGCUCCGGCAGGCGGGGAAACCUCAGCGAUUGCUGGUCACGAGGAUCCCAUCAAGAUUGUCAGGGGCACACGGCUCUUCGACUAUGACGCCUACAAGCCCAACUUCGAGGGCAAGUUCCGGUGUCUGGACGGCUCCAAGGAGAUCCCGUUCGACCACCUGAACGACAACUACUGCGACUGUGAGGAGGACGGCAGCGACGAGCCCAGCACGAACGCCUGCGCCAAGGGGCGAUUCUACUGUCGCUACCAGAAGCGUCACAUCACGGGCCGGGGCCUGGAUAUCUACGUGGCCAGCAGCCGCAUCAAUGAUCACGUGUGCGACUGCUGCGACGGCAGCGAUGAGUGGAGCACGGCGACCAAGUGCCCCAACGACUGUGCGUAGUCGUAGGCCGGCGGGAACCCGUUCCCAUUCCCAUUCCUCUUCCAACUCCUCCACCUGUGCACCCAGGACACCAAUCUCAACGAUGAAGCUGUCUGGCGGCGCAUCACAAGCGAUAUUUUUUGUACGAGUACAAUAGAAUUGUAAUUUAUUUUAAAAUAAGUAGAUUGAAUAAAAGAAACGAAUUCCAAGAAACACAA